AUGGCCCUUCUGCAUCUACAAAGUGGAAGAAUAUCUCUUAUGAUAGUUUUAUUAAUUAUUUGGUGGAUGCACCUGGUACGAGGUCAGAGUCCCAGCAGAUGUCAACUGAGGCUCAAUUACUCGAGAUCCACAGUUUACGCAGUGGAAGGCGGUGUCCUUUCUUUCCAAUGCAAUGCCAUCUACUGUGAGAAGAAUUCCUCGAAACCCAGGUUGUACUGGUGCAAGCAGACAUCAAACGGCUGUACGACAUUGUUUCAUUUGGAUGAAUUUGCAAAUCGGACCAAGACGAUUUUGUAUUUUGGGUCUGGUACAUUGACUUCCUUACUUCGGAUAUCUCCAGUUCACAUUAAACACUCGGGAAAAUACCAGUGUCGGGCCCAGUUCCCCACCUUUAGUCAGAUCACUGCGAUGGGUCACCUGAUAACAGCUCUAGUCAUUAAAAUAGAAGUGUUUACUCCGGUUACCAAAGUGAGUGGACAUAGAGGAGGCUCCCUAAAGCUUCAGUGUAUUGUGCAGUUUGACGCACAUUUGAAUACAACGCUCGGGGUACGUUGGACGAAGGAUAAUGAGAAAUGUAAUGAGCCGUUGAGCAGAAACAAAAGCAAUGAUCAAACCAUAGCAAGCGGCAGACGGCGGUUCAUUCUCACACUCUCCAACCUCCAACGUGACGAUGCUGGGCUCUACUACUGCUGCAUUACGUCACGUUUCUCCUCCCAGAUCUUUGGAGUGGGUUCAAUACGAGUACACGUAAAUGCUUUCAAUCUUGAUGUGAUAAAGUUUGCUUCGCUCAUCAUCUGCAAAGGAAUUGUGCUGGUGAUUAUGUUCACAUUUGGUCUAACCUGGGUUUGUCAUCUGGAAAGACGCCAGCAGAAAUCGAAAGAUGCGACGGUGAUGUCAGAGAGGAAAGAAGUGAGAAAGAGCUCCAUCGCCUAG